AUGCAAAUCCUCCUGUUCUACUCUAUUCUAAUCCUUCUACCUUCCCUGGUCCUUUCCAAAACCCCUUGCCUACCCUCCUGGCUUCACAUUGCUCAUCUAGAUUCUUGUUUCCUCUCGGCUCCUCAACCUGCAGAGUUCUCUGAUGCCGUGGAUUACUGUAGCCACAUGAACAGCAGUCUAGUUGUCAUAAACUCAGAAGAGGAGGCAUCGAUAGUCAGAGAAUUUUUUGCGCGGGAAAAUCCGAGCUUUUUUAAUUGGAUUGGAAUGAAAUGGGAUGAAAUCGAGGCCGAGUUUCGAUGGAUUGAUGGCAAGAAGAGGGACUACAGUUACUUUUUGCCGGAUGAGCCAGGAUCAUCCGGAGAGUGUAUAGCGUGGGUUCUAGAUGAGAAUCUAGAUGGUUGGCAAGCAAUUAGUUGCCACUAUUCACAGUUUUUCAUGUGUCAGAAGCCAGCAGAAGGAAUCAUCACUACCUGGCAUCGAGACGAAGAAGGCGUUAUCACUAGUCCAAAUUAUCCGAAUUCCUAUGAUAACCUGGAAUACGAUACCCAUAUCAUAAGAUCCGAUCCGGGAACCCGUAUCCUGAUGUAUUUUGAAAAUGUGGAGACAGAACAGAAUUGCGAUGUUAUCACUGUAUCAGAUGACUAUGGAAUCUCGGGAAGAACACUUUUCAGACUCUCUGGAAACUACCGUAACCACUCGGUGAUUAGCAAUCGAAAUCACUUGAUGAUCAACUUUAAAUCUGAUGAAGAUGGCCAAGGAAAAGGAUUUUUGAUGAGAUAUCGGAUACUCCGCCCACUCCCCCUUAAAGUUUUCUCAUCGAAUUCCUAUGGCACUGUUACCUCUAACAACUACCCAACGUCUCCAGAUUCCUUCCUCAUUCAGUAUUAUCUUAUCCAAUGUCCAUCUGAAUUCCACGUGGCGCUCUCUGUGAAAGCUAUGAGUUUGGAUAAAAAUGAUCGCGUCAAGGUGCACAAUGGAGCUGAUGAAAAAACGAAGAAGCUGAAAAUCUUCCGCCAGUUCUCUCCCCAAUACUCAGAACCCAUCAAAUCGACACAAAACUCCAUGUUCAUAUCCUACGACACUGGCGAGCAAUUCAACUCUUCGAACCAUUGGGCGUUAGAGUAUCAAUGCGUUCCUGAUGGAAAUUUGGGAGACGAGAUUAUCAUCUGA